GUCAAACACGACGUAUGGAAAGGACUUCGGGAAGUGACCUCCAGGUUCCAACUCGCGACUCUUGAAAAACAAAAGAGGGACGCCAUUACGCCCUCCAUGCCUCGUGGUUUCCUGGGACGUAAGUGAAAUCUCACAUGAAGUAGGGCCCUGCUGAGAUCUCAUUUUUCUUGAGUUGCCAUUCCUGAUUCCUCUGUAUCGGCAUUCCAUCUUCGGCGUCGGAAACUGCUAUCGCUUUUUUCUUUGGAGAUUUGAAAUUUUCUUCUGGAGCAGUGUUUUAUAGAAUGGAAAGUGAAGGUAAAUGCACAGAUGAUAAAGUAGCGCCCAACAUACCAGGUUUAGAACAAAAACAAGAUGAAAGCAGAGAUGGCACCUUAAAUUUUGUGGGAAAAUUUGCUAGCUCAUUGACUUCUGAAAAUAGCCAAAAUGAGACAUUUGAUUACCAGGGAGAAGUUGAAGGGGAAUUAAACAGUAAAGAAAUUCCAAGCUUAGUCUGUAACGAUGGAGCUGGAUUAGUGCAGCAGGCUCAUGUGUCUAAUGGUUUGGAGGAUGAGAAUAUCAGUAAGCUGAACCGAACAGAAGAAUAUGAAGCUCUUCCUGAAGAGAAAGAAGUGGAUCCUGUAUUUGAUGGAACAGAGGGUCUUGAAAUGGAAGCAACCAGGAGGUCUUUUAGCCUAUCCCCAGAACAAGACUCAGAUUUGCAGGCAUCUGCUUGGCCAGAAAAAGCUGUUGCUUUUAAAAACUUUGUGAAGGACAAGGGAUCAGUUGCAGUUUCGACUGUUUUACGUCGCCUUUCCGGAAAGAAGGAUGAUGAUUAUGUGGUGCAUUAUGAUGCGGAAGAGAAAAGUGAUGUUGCAGUUAAGGGAAUUAAAGAGGAAGAAGAUUCAGGCACUGAAUUUAAACUAAAGGAUGUUUUAAUGAAGGCUGGAGAUAUAUCCACAUGGAAUCCUCUCAACUAUAUUAAGAUUGGACGAGAUGCAGAUAUACAAAGCAAGCUGGAACAAGUAGAAAAAGUUCAUGAUGAAAAGAUUGUAGAAGAGAAUACUAUGAAGGGAAGAAUUAUUAUAUACACAAAGCUAGGGUGUCAAGAAUGCAGAGAGGUUAGGUUAUUCAUGCAUCAGAAGAAGCUUAGGUAUGUUGAAAUUAAUAUUGAUAUCUAUCCUACCAGAAAGCUGGAGUUGGAGAAAGCUACUGGGUCAUCUAAAGUUCCGCAGGUGUACUUUAAUGAGUUUCUGAUUGGUGGUUUAGAUGAACUGAUGCUCUUGGAUAAAGCUGGGAAGCUUGAUGAAAGGAUAAAUAUUCUUGCAAGGGAUGAACCAUCAUCUGCAGCUCCUUUUCCACCAUUGCCUGGUGAAGAUGAUGCCACUGGUAGUGGAAAGAUUGAUGAGUUGGCUACCAUUAUCAGAAAGAUGAAAGAGUCCAUUGUAAUUAAGGAUAGGUUCUAUAAGAUGCGAAGGUUCAGUAGUUGCUUUCUUGCCUCAGAAGCUGUGGAUUUUUUGGCAGAGGAUCAAUAUCUUGAAAGAGAAGAGGCAGUUGAAUUGGGAAGAAAGAUGCUCAGCCAGCACUUCUUCAGACAUGUACUUGACGACAAUAUCUUUGAAGAUAGUGGCCACUUGUAUCGUUUUUUGGAAGAUGACCCCACCAUAAUAACUCAAUGCUACAAUGUCUCAAGGGACAGAAUUGAUGUUCAACCUAAGCCUAUCAUUGAAAUUGCAUCAAGCUUGAGAUUGUUGUCCUAUGGUAUAUAUGAAGCUUACGUAUCUGAAGAUGGAAAUCAUGUUGACUACGAAAGCAUUUAUCAUUCUGAGGAGUUCAAAAGGUACUUAAGAAUAAUAGAGGAGCUUGAAAGAGUGGAUUUGGACUGCCUAUCAAGGGAAGAAAAACUUGCCUUUUUCAUAAACCUAUAUAACAUGAUGGUUAUCCAUGCCAUAUUGACAUACGGUUUCCCUGUUGGACCCUUGGAUAGGAGAAAGUUUUUGGGAGAUUUCAAGUAUGUUAUAGGUGGGUACUCCUACUCCUUGUCAGCUAUACAGAAUGGUGUUCUACGAGGCAACCAACGGCCUCCAUACAACCUCACCAAGCCUUUCGGUCCAAAAGACAGACGCUCUAAGGUGGCUCUUCCAUACCCAGAACCGCUGGUACACUUUGCCCUAGUAUCUGGCACCCGUUCUGGGCCUGCUCUGAGGUGUUACUCACCCAACGACAUAGACAAAGAAUUGGUUGAAGCUGCACGCAUUUUUCUGAGGAAUGGAGGGGUUGUUCUAGAUGCUGAAGCCAAGGUUAUCUCAGUAAGCAAGAUUCUGCGGUGGUAUAGUGUGGAUUUUGGGAAAAAUGAGGUUGAGGUGCUGAAACAUGCGGCAAACUACUUGGAGCCAAACAAAUCGGAGGAGCUGCUGGAGUUGCUUGCAAGCACUCAGCUGAAGGUUAUCUAUCAGCCAUAUGACUGGGGUUUGAAUUUCUAGGGAGAUUAUCAGUACUUGUCUACUAUUGGGAAAGAAGCGGAAGGAUCGAUUCUAUACGAAUUUUGGCAUACAAUAAAAGAUGGAUUAAUUUUGUCAUUUUUAUAUAUCAUUUAGUUUCACCUUUGCGCUCAUUUUGUUAUUUUUUAUUGUUUUUUUGAAAUUUUGGAUUUUUAAGACUUGAAAAGAGAAAAUACGAAAUAUCAUCUUUUCUUUGUCAAUAAUCAUAAUUUCUCCUUUUUCCUGAA